AUGAUCUUGAUCAAAUCCUUUAAGUCCUGGUGCUCAUUCCACAUGGACAAGAACUUGAAAGGAGACCUCUUUGCAGGAGAUAUUUACCCUAUAGAAACCAUGAUAGGAAAAAUGAUUGCAAACAGCUCUAUCAAACUUCAUUUCAAUUCUCUGCUCCCCCCUUCUGCCAUUAGACCAAGUGAAGUAAUUACCCGAAUUGUGCUGGCAAUGGUGGCACACGAAACUAUAGAGGAUGCUAUGGAGACACGCGAUGCUGCAGAGGAUACACUAGCGGCAGGCAAAGCUAUGAAGGAGGCAUUGGUGGAGAGGCAUUGGCAGAGGAGGCACUAG